AUGACUUCCAAGAGCGAGGACAAGAACUUGGUUCCCCCUAUCUACACUAUCGAUCUCUCCCUCGAGCCAGAGGAGCGCUACCAGGCCUUAGCAAAGGCUUACCAGAGCCAACUUCGAAGCCUCACGACUUUAUUCAACAGCCUGCUCACUGAUAUCGGCCUCUCCACAUUCUACCAUGGCCCGGUAGGGCUACUGGCUCGAUUACUCCUCCGAGGCCUGAACACUCCCGUCGAAACUGCUGAGCUCCGUGGGAUAGCAAAGGUAAGCGGGCUCCCUAUGCACCUGCUUGUCAGCUUCAAUGUGAUUUUGGAUUGUCUCAUGGGGUGUACCUCUGGAGCGGUCAAUGUCGUGGACGCGAAUCGGCCCACAGGACACAGGCGGAUGCUUCAUUUCCGCACCCUAGACUGGUCAAUGGAUCCGCUCCGGUCGAUCAUCGUUCAACUGGAAUUUGUUCGAAGUAGAUCGGCGACACCUGGGCAGAUCAUCGCUCGAAGCGUUACAUACGUCGGCUUUACGGGGAUAUUGACCGGCGUGCGUCAAGACUUGAGUCUAUCUCUCAAUUUCCGUGGUGUACACAACGCUGUACGCAGACGCGACCAUGCGAGAUUCUACCUGCAUCAUCUGCUAGUUCUCACGGGUUGCCGCCCAUCGAUAUCGAGCAUACUGAGAGGAUACAUCAUAUCAGAGGAGGCAGAAGGUGACCAGUGCAAGACUUUGCAAGAAAUCUCGGAGGAGCUCGUCCCGCGACAUACCACUGCGGCUUACCUGCUCCUUUGUGAUGGCGUGUCGGCCAUGGUCAUUGAGAAGGAUUAUGCCAGCGGUGUGAUCCGACAAUCCAACGCCUUCAUCGGCGUUACUAACAAUGACGAAGAAGAGAUUGGGUUAUCAAAGGAGGCAACUCCUUUGGCAUCUCAAGUCCCGGCCAAGUCUUUUGCUGUGAGGGCUGGAAUGGAAGAAAUCAUUGAAGAAAGCAAGGACAGACUUGACGCAAUCUCCUCAAGAUGGAGAGCAUGUCUGCGAAAAGCAAAAAGAACGUCCAAGAAAAAGGGCAAGAAUUCCAGCCAAGCAGAAAGAGAGGUGGCAAUUACCACAGACGAGGUGAUUCAAUGGGUGUCGGCAUAUCCAACGACCAACGAACAGACUCAUUUCGCCACGAUCAUGGAUCCCCUGUACGGACAGGUAGUCUGGACACGGAUUUAUCCCGAAGCGGCUGAGUGA